GUUGUAAUUAAGUGCAUUUUCGAUGCAAUCAUGUGUGGAAAAGUUUUUGUUUCAUCGUAAAGCGAAAUAUUUGGAAAUGUGAGACGAAAGUGGAAUAUUAAAAUCUUCAAGAAUGUCGUCGUAAAAAUCUAAAAUGCAUUAUUUGCAAGCGGAAUUCCCACCAUCUUGCGGAGCUUAUUGUCCAGGUUGCCGAGUAUGUUGCGAUGUUGUAUUUUGCAAAAGAAUUCCAACUGGAGAUUCAAAAAGCAAUUCUGUAAAUUCAUCAGCAAAGCGUUUAAUUCAAGCCCUUGAGGAUGUAAAAAAACGAACGGAAUUUCUGCAAAAGAAACUUUCUUCUUUUGAAAGAAUCAGCAUUGGCAUACAAGUUGACAAAAUAUCGCCUCUUCCAUUGAAAGCAUCGAAUAGUAAUUUAGCAAAUACAAUAACAUUAAGUUCUGAAAGUACAAUUCAACGAUAUCCAAAAUUUGAUGAUAAGUCAAUUUCCACUGAAGAUGAAAAAUCACUAACCGAUACAAAUGAUUCGAAAGAAAUAAUGAAUUUAUGUUUAUUAAUGAUGAAGGAGAUUAGAGAAGUUCGUGAUAAUUUGAAGCAUUCCUGCAAAAGAUUUUGUGAACAUUGUCAAGGACGUUGUUUGAAUUCGCAGCAAAUGGAUGCAUCGACGACAAAUUGUGCGAAAUGUAAAAAAUGUUUAAUAAAGUAGAAAAAAUAAGGAGG